AUGCAACGUCUAAUAUAUUUUCGCAAUGGAACAUCUCGAUUAUAUCGAGUUGUGAAUUUAUAUCAAUCAAAUAAUAAUCCUUCAACUUUUUCAAAUAUCAAUAUUUUAUUAUUAAAACGAUGUUUAUCAAAUACUAAUAAAAAUGAAAAAGAUAUCAAUGUUAAUACAGAUCUUUUUAAACCAUCAACAGCUAAGGAGGAAACACAUAUACCGGAUGACCUUCGAGGCGGACAAUCACCAGAAACAAUUGAUACACUACCGAAAACUACACCAACAUUAACUGGUAGUGGAAAAGUUUGGUCUGUUCAAAAUGCAGGUUCAGUACAUGUUGCUCCAUUGGGUGCUGCUGCAACAACAUUUGUUCCAAGAUCAACGGAAGGUGGUCAAACAGUACAUGAAACAACAGUUCAUACAAAACAAGGUGAAUUAAAUAUUGCUGAUCCUCUUCGAACUCAUGUUUUACAACCUGAAGUUACACCAGCUCAAUUAGCUGAAGCUGCUGCUGCUUCAGCAUUUGAACCAUUUGCACCAAAUACACCAUUAACAUCAUCAUCAACAACAGAUACUGUAUUUGCACCGAAAAUUUCUUCAACUGAACUUUAUUCAAAUGCAUCAUCACCAACAGCACAAUUUACAAGUAGUAUUCCACCGGUAACUCCAGAUACAACAAUAUAUGAAACUACAAAUCAAUCGAAAGUAUUCGGUGGUCAAGAUACAUCAGCAUCAACAAAAAAACAUCCAAAAGAAGAUCCAUUUGAUACUAAGAAAAUCGAUAAAACAAGUACUACGACUUCUACAAAUAUGACUACUGAAAUACCUAUUCAACGUGAAAGUGAUUUACGUGAUGAUAUAUUACGUGAAUCAUUAAAAUAUGUUCAUGAACAUGGUUGGACAAUGGACGCUAUUCGAGCUGGUAUACGUGCUAAUAAUCAACCAUCAACAAUUGAAGGAUUAUUUGGUAAUGGUUAUGAUCUUGUUGAAUAUUUUAUGCGUGAUGCAAAUUCUCAAAUGUCAGCUUAUAUGAAAGAACAAGGAAAGAAAGGAGAUAUACGAGGAAGUCGUUUACUUAUUGAAGGUCUUAAAUAUCGACUUGGUCUUGUUAUACCGUAUGCUAAUACAUGGAAUCAGGCAUUAGCACAAGGAGCAUUGCCGCAAAAUGCAAUGCGUAGUUGGAAAAAUCUAUUAGAUUUAUCAAGUGAAGCUUGGCAUAGUAUUGGUGAUACAUCAACAGAUACAAAUUGGUAUUCAAAACGACUUAUACUAGCAACUAUUUAUCAAAGUGCAGAAAUUUAUAUGAUUCAAGAUCAAUCUCAAAAUAAAACUGAUACAAUAAACUUUUUAGAAAGACGAUUUAAUGAUUUUCAAACUCUUGGUUCAUUUCGAAAUACGGUAUCAAAUUCUCUAUCGGAUACAGCCCAAAUUGCUACUGGACUUUUUUCAGUGAUUCGUAAUUUAACUUCUCGUCGUUAA